AUGGACUCUGACCGUGUUGAGCAGCCAGUGAAAGAGCUCAAUGUUAUUUUCAAGGGCAGAUUUUGUUGCUUCUCUAAGGAUCCACUUGUGGAUGCUGAUACUUGGAGUGAGUCAAUAGACAAACUAUUGACCUGCAAAGCUGGUCAGGCAUCUUUGCAGGAGUUCCUGAGGACCGAGUACAGUGAGGAGAACAUCCUGUUCUGGCUGGCCUGUGAGGAGUACAAGAAGAUUAAGAGCACUCCGGAGAUGAUCACCUCUGCAAACAGAAUAUACACCGAGUUUGUGCAAGUGGAGGCACCUAAACAGAUCAACAUUGACUGUAACACCAGAGCAAAUAUAACCAAGAACAUUUCCCAGCCCAACCUGAACUCAUUCGACACGGCACAAAGGCUAAUAUACAGUCUGAUGGCAAGAGACUGUUACCCAAGGUUUUUAAAAUCUGACAUCUACCAAGGGAUUUUGAGAAAUGGAGACAAAGGCUGA